UUCUACCAUACAGAUUUGGACUUUAUACCUGAAGAGCCAGUAAAUUUCUUAAACCAUCCAACUCAGUGAAUCUCAACUCGUCCUGAAACGUAGUCUCUGAGUUUCGGGGAAUGGCAGUUCAAGGUAGUACUCCUAGAGUUUUCUGUGUUGCAACGGCCGAUACAAAACUCGAGGAGCUUCGGUUCCUUUCUGAUUGCGUCCGAUCCAACCUCACCGCUUUCUCCAAUCAGUCAUCUUCUAAGGUAGAAGCUGUGGUUCUCGAUGUUUCUGUCAGUCAUGAUAAAAAGGAGAUUGAGAAUUUAGGGGAUUUUCCUUUUGUGAGUAGAAAGGAAAUUCUAUCAUUCUGUUCUGGAUCUGUUGAACAAAUGCUAGCCACUCUCCCUGAUGAUAGAGGAGAGGCGGUUGCUAUUAUGAGUCAAGCACUACAAAAUUUUCUUAAAAAGGCUAAUGAUAAAGGUGUUCUUGCUGGAGCUAUAGGUCUUGGAGGCAGUGGGGGUACGUCUUUAAUAUCAUCUGCUUUCAGAUCUCUUCCAAUUGGAAUGCCUAAGGUCAUUGUGUCAACCGUAGCAAGCGGUCAAACUGAACCAUACAUUGGAACGUCGGAUUUGAUAUUGUUUCCAUCAGUUGUGGAUGUCUGUGGGAUUAACAGUGUUAGCAGGGUUGUGUUAUCAAAUGCUGGGGCUGCUUUCGCUGGAAUGGUGAUUGGAAGACUUGAGAGAUGUAGACAUGCUGAUAGCCCAAGUAACAAAUGUACUGUUGGUAUUACGAUGUUUGGGGUAACAACUCCAUGUGUAAAUGCUGUCAACGAAAGAUUGCUCAAAGAAGGUUACGAGACACUGGUUUUCCAUGCCACUGGGAUAGGGGGCAGAGCCAUGGAGAUCCUGAUUAGAGAGGGAUUUAUUCAGAGUGUUUUAGACAUCACAACAACUGAGGUUGCUGAUUAUGUGGUUGGAGGUGUGAUGGCUUGUGACAGUUCCCGCUUUGAUAUCAUGAUAGAGAAAAGAAUACCCUUGGUUCUGAGUAUAGGGGCUUUAGAUAUGGUGAACUUUGGAGCUAAAGAUACAAUACCGUCUAUUUUUCAGCAACGAAAGAUUCAUGUACAUAAUGAGCAGGUGUCACUCAUGCGAACUACAAUUGAUGAAAACAAGAAAUUUGCUGGAUUUAUAGCAGAUAAGCUGAAUAAAUCAGCAUCAAAGGUUUGUGUUUGCCUGCCACAAAAGGGUAUUUCUGCUCUGGAUGCACCAGGGAAGCCUUUCUAUGAUCCUGAUGCCACUGCCGCUCUCAUAAAUGAAAUGCAGAGGCUUAUUCAGACAAAUGAAGAUCGGCAGGUUAAGGUGUACCCUUAUCACAUCAAUGACCCUGAGUUUGCAGAAGAAUUGGUUAACUCAUUUUUGGAGAUCUGUUCAAAGAGCCCUGCAAAAUCAAGUCUUCCUCAUAUUGGUUCUCAUGAACCCAGCCAAGACUUUUGCGAGGAAUCCUUAUCUAACACAAGUGCAGUGAGAACUGGGCCCUUACAUUACAGCCCCAGUGAUUUCCCUGAUGCAAUGCCAGAAACUUUGCAAAGAACUCGAACAACAUUGAAGCAACUGAAAGAUCGGAUAGAUAAAGGAUUACCCAUAAUAGGGGCAGGUGCAGGUACUGGAAUAUCUGCAAAGUUUGAGGAAGCUGGUGGUGUUGAUUUGAUAGUCUUGUACAAUUCAGGGCGUUUCCGCAUGGCAGGAAGAGGGUCCUUAGCAGGCUUAUUGCCUUUUGCUGAUGCGAAUGCAAUAGUGCUGGAAAUGGCCAAUGAAGUUCUGCCAGUGGUCAAAGGGGUACCGGUUCUCGCCGGAGUAUGUGCAACUGAUCCUUUUCGCCGUAUGGACUAUUUUCUUAAGCAGUUAGAGUCCAUUGGAUUCUGUGGGGUGCAAAAUUUUCCAACUGUUGGGCUUUUUGAUGGAAUUUUUAGGCAAAAUCUAGAGGAGACAGGAAUGGGAUAUAGCCUGGAGGUUCGGAUGAUUGAAAAAGCACAUAGAUUGGGCUUCUUGACAACCCCAUAUGCUUUCAACCAAAAUGAAGCUGCAGAAAUGGCAAAAGCUGGUGCUGAUAUCAUAGUUGCCCACAUGGGCCUCACUGCGUCUGGGUCUAUAGGUGCAAAAACAUCUGUCUCUAUUGAGGAAAGUGUUGUUCGUGUACAAGCUAUUGCAGAUGCUGCUCACAGGAUAAAUCCCGACGUCAUUGUGCUCUGUCAUGGAGGUCCGAUAUCUGGUCCUAAAGAGGCAGAGUUUAUUUUUAAGAGAACUGAGGGAGUCCAUGGGUUUUAUGGUGCGUCAAGCAUGGAGAGGUUACCAGUUGAGCAGGCUAUAACAAUCACAGUGCAACAAUAUAAAUCAAUCUCGCUUAAGUGAAUUUCAAUAUGCUGUUUCAUAAUGAAGCUAGAUGCUUUAGCACCAUUUCUAAGUCUGCACCUUUCUUCUUUUGAGCCUUAAAUUGUGAACAAUAAAAUGUUUAUUUUUAAAGCUUGAGUAAAGUUCUAUCACUAUUUCAUGUCAAUAAGAAUUGAGGUAUUUAAGGAUA